CUCGUGUCUCUGUCUCGUACAUGACCUACAUGUCUUGACCGCUCUUCACUUUUCCCUUCCCUAGCAUCUUUUAAAAUCUCCUUCGUCAUCACUCUCCGCAGUGUCCUCGACUCUCCCUCGGAACAGACAUACGACAAUCCACCUAUACUCGAGCUCCAGCGUGCAGAACCACUUCAGCAUCCGCGAACCUACUGCCCCUCCACCAACCGCCAUGCGAGACCCAUUUCCCUUCUCCUGCCCGCCGUUUCUUGCGCGUGCCAUCAAGCCCUUUGCCGACUACUACGGCCUCCAAACUCUUCAUCUGCACAUCCACGAGAUCCUCUUCGUCGCAGUCGCAUACCAGCUCAUUGGCGCUGUCGUUUCGCCGUGGCUGUCCGCCCGUCUGUUUCCGCGCACAUACCCCUUCUUCAAUAGACGCACGCGCAUCAACUGGGACGUGCACGUGGUCAGCUUCGUGCAGAGCUGCCUGAUCAAUGUGCUGGCGCUGUGGGUGUUGUGGAGCGAGAAGAAUGAGGCAAGGGGGGAGAUGGGCGUGAGGUCUGGUGAGGCGUGGAAGGAGCGUAUUUGGGGAUACACCGGGGCAGAGGGCAUGAUUCAAGCAUUUGCAACGGGCUAUUUUGUGUGGGAUCUAUGGGUUAGUGUGCGGUAUCUGAAGGUGUUUGGUUUGGGGAUGUUGGCGCAUGCGGUGAGUGCGCUGGGAGUGUAUGCGCUCGGAUUUCGCCCCUUCGUAAACUUCUACGCACCCAUCUUCAUCCUCUAUGAACUCUCCUCCCCUUUCCUCAACAUCCACUGGUUCUGUGACAAACUCUCUCUCACUGGCUCCACCCUCCAACUCUGCAACGGCGUCAUCCUCAUAGUCACAUUCUUCUCCUGUCGUCUCAUCUGGGGCUCCUACCAGACCCUUCUCGUCUUCGCCGACAUCUACCGCGGCCUCACACACACCGCCACCAUGCACCCGCGAGAACCCCUCGGCUCCUCCCUCGGCGCCCUCGACCGCCUGCGCUUUGUCGCCCCCAAAGACCAGGCCACGCCUGUGUGGCUGGCUGGCGCGUAUCUGGCAGCCAACAUCACGCUCAAUACUCUGAACUUUGUGUGGUUUGGCAAGAUGAUUGCCACGAUUCGCACCCGGUUUGAGCCUCCGUUCGGCACCAAGGCGGUCGGGAAGCGGCGCGAUAGGAGCGUUAGCGAGCCCGUUGUUGUGCAAGGGAUUGAUGUGGAUACGGAUGAGGAGGGCGUGAGUAGUACGACGGAGGUGGCGAGGGGACUGGAUGAGAGAGGACAUGCGAGUGUGGAGGUGGAGAAGGUGGAGGUGAGGAAGAGGGCGGUUGGUGGUGGUGAUGGUGAGGAGUGAGGUCUUGUGCUGUGUAGAUGGAUAGAUGGCCGUGUUUUGUCUCAUUCUAGCCUGUGCGCAUCACGUUGAGCGUGAUGCGAGUGUGAAGGAGUAAUUUUGUAUAUACAAUCCUCCAGUCCCCUAUAUAUCAAACCAGUCUCGACAAGAGAGUGGGUCCUAGAAAUUGCCCCUCAUCCGCUGCAGACUGUCC